AUGCAGCACAAGACCAUCCCAGGCGCAAAUGGGCUAGUCGCAUGUGCAAGCAAAGUCGGCUGGCUGAUCUUCGGUACGAUAGAUGAAAAAAGUAAAGCGGAAGAACAAGUUUUAACCGCAGCAAUAGACGUGAAGAAACCGAUGACGGACUUCAAAGAAUUUUGGAGUCUAGAACAUAUGGGGAUAACCCCACAAGAAAAGGCAGAACCCGCAUUCUUGGAGGCCUAUCAGGAGACGAUUUUGCGGGCAGAAGAUGGGCGUUACAAGGUGUUGUUCCCCAUCAAGAUCGGCCAUCGCAGAAUUGAAUCCAACCGGAACAUCGCAAUGAUACGGCUGCAAGGGCUGCUGGGCAAGACCCAACCGGAAGAUAAGCUGAAAUACCACGAGAUAUUUCAGCAAUAUAUCAGAGACGGAUUCAUCGAAGAAGCCGACCGAGGAUUCAACGGUGACUGCACAUACUUACCUCACCGACCGGUGAUUAAAGUUAGCGCGGAAACCACGAAAAUUCGGCCGGUGUUCGAUGGGUCAGCACACAUGAAGGAAAGACCUAGCAUCAACGAUGCGUUAGAAAUUGGGCCGAAUCUAAACCCGGAAGUCUUGGCGGUCUUGUUGCGUUUCCGACAGAAUCGGAUAGCCUGGACCGCCGAUAUAACUCAGGCGUUUCUCCAAGUCGAGAUCCGCCCGGAGCACGGGCAAUUGAUAAGGUUCAUCUGGGUCGAUGAUCCUAACAAAUCCCAGCCUAAAUUCAUCGAGUAUCGAUGGAAAAGAGUACCGUUCGGGCUGUCAUGCAGCCCGUUCAUUCUCAAGGCUGUUAUCCUCAAACACCUGAAAGGGUUUGAAGGAAUAUACCCCGAGACAGUGCGGCAGCUACAACAGCAGUUGUACGUUGACGACUGGCUAGGGGGGGGAGACAAAUGUGGAUGA